AUGUCAUUUGAUGAAGCACCAAAACUCUUCGGCAGAGUAGGCUCAAGACUAUGGCUGUUUGAACUGGAUUAUAAUGCAUCAGUAGGGAGCAGUGAGGUCACAGAGUGUUGCCAGGCUCUUGGUAGCAAACAUGGAACCUUGUGGGCAUUUCCUAGAGCAUAUGGACUCAGUGGAGUUCUGUCUCUCCUUGGACAUCUACAAAGCAGCCCAUUCGAUUCUUCCAGGCCCAAAGAGAGGAAUUUGCCCAUCACAAAGCAGCCUUGGUGUGUUCAGGCCAGAGAAGGUGUGCGCCGGUCCUGGAUAUCCGACUACAUGGAUGAUCUUUGGUCCCACGUCCGCAUUUCCUUCCCCAGGGCUGUUUUGUAUGCCUUCCCAUUUGCCGUGCUGAUCAUGUCCCUCCUUUGCUGCAUCACAAUUCUCAUAGAUUGAAGAGGACCUUCCAGAAGUGAUCAGCGUCUUUCUAUUACCAGACCCAGGAAUCUCUCAGCGGAGAGGCCCCUCUUUGUGGAGAAAGUCUUGGGGACCUUGGAAAAGUUACUUCUUGGGACUAUAAUUCUUGAUGCCUUUAGCCAGCAAGGACACUGCCAGGGCCCAGCUGACUAGGGUUGUUUUGCAUCUCUUAAGUGCAACUUUUCAGAAGGUGAUAUAUUGCCUUUUCUGAUCGCUUAGAGAUCAAAACCAAAAAAAAAACCAGUUACAUUGACAGAAGUUGUGUCACCAUCAGCCUCUUUGCAAAAACAAUGCUGUUUUAUAUGUUGUAUUGCUGGUGCGGUCAAGGGGGAGUAUAUUUGUUUUGAAGAAUGAGAUAUUUGAACAGGCCAAUAAAAUAAACAUGUUUAAAUUUA